GCGGAUAUAGUGAAUGCAUGGUCCGGGGAGACCGGAUAUAGUGAAUGCAGGGGUCCGGGGAGACCGGAUAUAGUGAAUGCAGGGUCCGGGGAGACCAGAUAUAGUGAAUGCAGGGUCCGGGGACCGAACAUAUAGUGAAUGCAGGGUCCGGGGAGAGCGGAUAUUAAUGAAUGCAGGGUCCGGGGAGAGUGGAUAUAGUGAAUGCAGUGUCCGGGAGAGUGGAUAUAGUGAAUGCAGGGUCCGGGGAGAGCGGAUAUAGUGAAUGCAGGGUCCGGGAAGAGCGGAUAUAGUGAAUGCAGGGUCAUGGGGAGAGCGAAUAUAGUGAAUGCAGGGUCCGGGG